AUGCCAGCGCUGGACACAUCUGAUCUGCCAGUCGAUCCUGUCCCUCGUUCCAACGGCGGAGACCACGCCACCGAAAGUAACGGAGCAGUUGAGCUGACCAAGGUAGUACCUGAGAGCAGCUUGUCAGCUCCAAUCCCCGCCACGGACUCGAUCGCCCAUCCACAGCAGCAACCUUCAGCGGACACUACAGCUAUGGAUACUGAUGCGGAGGUCGCAAAGCCUGUGGAGGUUGCAAAGGUGCCAGGAGAGGUGGAAGCGAAGCCGACCACAGGUGACGCCGAGGGUCACAUCGGAUCGAAUGGGGUCGCUGCACCCAAGACGAAAGCGGAAGAGACGGAUGCGACCGGCGGGCCGACCAGCGAAUCCGUCGUUCUUCUGUCCUCUGGUGAGUAGACAUUGACAGCGCCUCAUCAGCAAGCGCCAUCAAGCGCUGACGUCCCGAUUGGCCGGCAUGCCGACCGACCUUUAGGCCAAGAAGCGCCAGCAGCAGUUUCGGACGUCAAGCCUCCUGCAGUGCCGCUUGCCUCCACUGAAGCGCCUGCCAACCCUUUGUCCGAGGCUGGAGAUGCGUCAGCAGUGAACCAAGGACUACGGAAGCCUGAGACUCCAGCUGAUCCCGUGUCUUCGUACGAAGCCGGAGCUACUACGGGUGUGCCUCCGGUAGCCGAAGGGCCCACUGCAUCCCCGGCUGUGCCGCCUCCAACGGCACCCGAGCCAGCAGCGCCCGCGGAGCCCGGUGCAGCUGUUCCGCCCGCUUCGGCUGCGCCCGGAGCGCAGGCUCCACCAGUUCCACCUCCUGCUAGCAGCCCAGUUGCACAUACAGCGGGCAGCGAUGCAUCUGGCAGUCAGGCUGCAAAGCGGCACAGAAAGUCAACAACGCAUUUCGCUGAGCCAGGUGUGGUCAACACCCAAUUAGCGCCUGCCAAUCUGGUGGGGAUGACGGCAGCUCAGAUCAAAUAUGCGCAAGCAGCCAUCAAAACGUUGAUGAAGCGACCGGAAGCUUUUGCGUUCAACGAGCCCGUCGAUCCCGUCGCCGCAGGCAUUCCGACAUAUUUGGACGUGGUGAAACGGCCGAUGGACUUUCGGACUGUCGAUCACAAGUUGAACUUUUCGUCGGCCGCGCUGCAGCGUAGGCCGAACGACAAGCUCAUCGCGGGAGCAAAGGUCGGGCUGAACCCGUCCAAGGACGUGUAUGCAAAUGCGCAAGAAUGGGUGGAUGACGUGCGACGCAUCUUUAGCAACUGUCGUCUGUUCAACGGCGCCGAGCAUCCUAUCUCCCAGUCUGGCGACACGCUCGAGAAUCUUUUCAAUGGCCAGCUGCCAAAAUUGCCAGCUGCAGAUCCGCCUCCCCCUUCCCCUUCAGUGGCCACCGCGUCGAGCAGCAAAGCCAGGCGACCCUCCAACGCUGCGCCAGCCGCUCGCAGAUCUUCUGUGGACGAUGGAACGGGAAGGCCGAAGCGCGAAGUCCACGCACCCUCCCGAGAGCUGCCUUGGCAGGACGAGCCAAACAAGGGCGCGUCUACGGGCACUCGCCCACGUCGAACCACGGGAAGUGCGCGCGAAGAGGCUCACUACACCAAAGUCAACGCGGAUGAGCUCAAGCACUGCACCAAGGUCAUCACUGAGCUUCUGUCGCAACCGACCAUCCAAAACUAUGCUUGGGUCUUCAACGACCUUCCAGCGCGGGAUCUCGAUUUUGCUCCAGCGUACUACAAGAUGAUCAAGAAACCCAUUUCGCUCUUCAUGGUUUCAGAACGCGCAAAGGCCAAGGAGUACGAGUCGCGGGCGGAGUUCGAAGCGGAUAUGAACCAGCUUUUCAAGAAUUGCUACACAUUCAAUGCUCCUGGACACGAUGUCUAUGUCUUUGGGCAGAAGCUGCAAGAUGCAUACAACGAGAAGAUGGCGCGCAUGCCAAAGCACAGAUCGCUCAGCCCCGAGGAAGAAGACGAUGACGUCGACGCUGAAGCGGACGAGGACGAGGAGGAGUACGAUGAAGAGAUGGGUGAGUCGUCUCCUUCGAACAGUCUUUGCGAGUCUACAACGUCCUGAGUCAGUCUUUUGCUUCAAAUUCAGAUGAAGACGCAAAGAUUCGGGCCCAGAUUGCCGCGUUGGAAGCCAAGUUGCAUAAACCCAAAGGCAGCAAGAGCUCGAAAUCGGCUCCUGCUGGUGCUGGAACUUCCAAAGGAAAGAAGAGGGCCGCCUCUGACAUUGCUGGAGGUGCCGUUCCUGCGGGUGCAGCGUCCAAGAAGAAAGCUCCGCCAAAGAAGGCCGCUGCAGCCCAACCUGCAGCCGCUGUCGAAGCCUCGCCAGCAGCAGCCAAAAAAGCGAAAGCUGCACCAAAGAAGAAGGCUGCGCCGCCCAGCAAAAAGUCGAAUGGGGUAGAGGAGGAAGUGCGCACGGUGACGUAUGAGCAGAAAGAGGAGCUAGCUGCGAAGAUUACGCAGCUGCCCGACGACAGGCUGGACGGGGCGCUGAAGAUCAUUGCGGAAGACAAGCCGCAGAGUUCGACGGACGACGAGGAGAUCGAGCUGGACAUCGAUGAUCUUUCGCCACGCACGCUCUAUAGGCUCUACAGGUACGUCGUUCGACCCAAACAUAAGAAGGCUACCAAAUCUUCGGCGGUGGAUGGACGCAAACGUGGUACGGGAGGUGUGAAGCGAAAGAAUUUGGACGAAGAUGAGGAGGCGGAUAGGAUCGCUCGUCUGCAAGCCCAGCUGUCGCAAUUCGAUAAUCCCGAUGCAGGUAAGUGGGCAAGUGCAGACUCUCCGUACCGCUCAUCUUCAUCGCCUCGACGGUGAUGCUGAACAAAUUCUUCCCCCUUCCUCUUGCUCUCCACAGCUGCGUCAGCCCCCACAAGCGGUGGACAUGCAGGCGCCCACGAUGAUCACGUACAGUCCGAAAGCUCUGACGAAGGAUCAGAGAGCGAGUCUGAAAGCGACUACUAG